AUGAAAAUAAAGGAAAUCAAUGAAGAUGUAAAAGAAGUAAAAGGCAUAAAUAGUAUCAGUGAUGAAAAUCAAUUGGUUUAUUCAAGUAUUUUCAAACAUUUAAAUAGAGGUGAAAUGGAUCAAUGUAUUGAAUUAAUUGAAAGAGAUCACUCAUUGGUUUAUUCAACUGAAGAUCACUAUGGCAUGACAGUUUUACAUUUGGCAUCAUCUUUAAAAAUGAGGAGACUAGUUAAAGUAAUUUUAGAUAUAGUUUCAGAUGACGAUUUGCUAUCAAGAAAUUUCGAUAUCAACAAACAAGAUAAUAAUGGCAAUACCUCUUUACAUUAUGCAUGUGCUUCAUCAAUUAGCGAAAUCACAUCCCCAAACCCAUCACAGCAGCAACAAAUUUCACCAACACCAAUAGUUCCAGAGCCAUCAGAUAUAAAUAGUUUUAUGUAUUUAAAGGAAAAGAAAUCAAAUAGAUACUCAGUGGUAGAACUGCUUUUAGAAAGAGGAGCCUCACCAACUUUAGCCAACAAGACCAAUAUGUUACCAAUUCAUCUAGCAUGUAAAGAAAUUGAUUAUAAAACUGUAGAGUUAUUAAUCGAAAAUAAUGAUGAUCAAGAUAUUAAAAUUUCGGAACCACAUGCAAAGGUAUUAGAUGCUUUCAAUUUCUCUUUACUGUUUCAAUCUUUACAGCCAAGCAUCUAUUUAACCAAGCAUGAAAAAGAAAGGAACGAAAAGAAAAAAGACAUUAUUUUAUCUAAAAUUGAUCCAAGUCUAAAAUGUGUCAAACAAGGUCCCACAUGUUUACAUUAUUCAUUAUCAAGUUUAAAAAAAAUUAAAGAUUUAACAAUCUCACUAUUUAUAAAUAACAAUGACAGCUUAGCAUCCUCAACAUCAUCUUUAUCUUCUUCCUCAUCAUCCUCUUCCCACUCAUCAACCUCCUCACCAAAUACAUCCAAAUUACAUCAACAACAAAGCAAAGAUAUUAAUAUUGUUGAAAGAAAUCACCCUCUUAUUAAAUUAAUUAAACUAUUGUUACAAAAAUCAUGCAAACCAAACCACAUUGAUGAAACAACAGGUAAAACAGCUUUUCAACAAUUUAUUCAUAUUUUCCCUUCAGAUGAAAAUGAAUUAAAUGAAUUUUUAAAUGUACCAAAUGCCGAUAGUGAAAACAAUUUUAAUGAAAUAUUUAAAGAAAUGAUCAAAGUUUUAAUAUUUUCUGUUACAAGACUAUUCCAUCAAUACAAAUAUGAUUUCAGUUUACCAAGUGAAAAGUCAAUUAUGGAAAGCGAUAAAGAUAUUGAAGAAACUCCAUUAGGUCAAUGUUCAAUGUAUACAAGUAAAUUGAUGGUUUUAGAGCAACUAUUAAAUUUCUUUAAUCAAACCAAAAUCCAGGGUAACGAAUCAAGUGAAGAAAACUACCAAAGGGUUAUAGAUUCAUUAAAUAAUCGUAACCAACCAGCUCUUUUUAUUGCAUGCUCUUAUGGUAAUACCAAAGCAGUAGAUUUAUUAUUAGAAGCAGGUUCUAGUCCAAAUAUGCUUGAUAAGUUUGGUUGCUCAAUGCUCCACGAAUCAUUAAACUUUAAACACUAUGACAUUGCAAAGAAAUUGAUACUGUGUGGAUCUGAUGUAAAUCUACCAAUGUCUGUAUAUCCUCAAUCGACACCUCUUCAUAUUGCUGCCAGUCAAGCCUGCUUUGAUAUGUGCCAUUUCUUAGUUGAUCAUGGUUCACUAUUGAAUGUUUAUGACUCAGAAAAACAAACCCCAAAAGAUAUUAUAGAAAAGAUUAGCCAAGAUCUUGAUGGCUUUUUUACAUCAAAUUCAACAAACGAUUUAAGCGAGCAAGAGUUUAAAGAGCAAAUUCAGGAUUUAAUAGAUUUCUUCCAAUACCAUGUUCAAAUAAACUUAGUUCAGAUUUCAAGCUUUGUAGUUUUCAAAGGCGAUUAUAAACAAAAGAUUCAUCAAUUUUUAAAAUCAAAAGAACGUAACCCAAAUAUUGUAGAUAAAUAUAUGAAUGAAGUUUUUAAAGAAUCUGAUAAAUUAGAUGCUUUAAUAGAUAGCUCAAAUAUUGUUCAAAUUCCAUUAAAAGAAGUUAAAACAAUGACAAAAAGAAUUAAAAUCAAAACCAAUCAAGACUCAUUAUUUAAAUAUGUCAAUUUAUACAACCAAACCUAUCACCACCUUUUAAAUGUUAUAAGAAAUAGAUUUAAACCAAUAAAUAAUAAUAUAAUUGCUACUUCAAUCGAAUCAGUUGAACAGUUUGAAAAGAACCAUAUUAAAUCAAUAAUAUUAUUACCAAAUGUUUUAAUUUCAGAUGAUAAAGAUAUUGAAUUUAUAAAAGAUGAUGACGAAAUUCAAGUAGAAUUUAAAUAA